GGCAGUGGCCACCAUGAAGCAGCUCAUCUCCCACCUUCUGGGCUUUUGCUGGCUCGUCUGCUUCAAGGGGACUCAAUGUUUCACCAGCGAUGUCGACAGAUGUCAGGAUUCGUCUACUUGUCCUGCUUUUGCAAAAUGUGAAAAUAUUCCUGGGGGCUACCACUGCACCUGCAAACGUGGGUUUGCAUCUAGUUCUGGGGAGCAAAACUUCACUGAUCCAACAGUGAAGUGCGUUGUCGACAGAUGUCAGGCUUCGUCUACUUGUCCUGCUUUUGCAACCUGUGAAAAUGUAUCUGGGGGCUACCACUGCACCUGCAAUCAUGGGUUUGCAUCUACUUCUGGGGAGCAACACUUCACUGAUCCAAUAGUGAAAUGUGUCGUUGACAGGUGUCAGAAUUCGUCUACUUGUCCUGCUUUUGCAACCUGUGAAAAUGUUUCUGGGGCCUACCACUGCACCUGCAAUCACGGGUUUGCAUCUAGUUCUGGGGAGGAACACUUCACUGAUCCAACAGUGAAAUGCAUCGAAAAUCUCUUCCGCUGCCAGCCCAGGAUUCUGCAAGGAGAUGAUUUCAAAAGCCAGUGCGGCAACAUGAUGCAGCACGGAAACCAGAAAAGCAAUAGAUUUUGCACCAUCCUGAAUCAGACCUCAAAGACCCUGGAAUCUGCAUGUGGCAAUGGAAACCAGUCAGUACCGCCGAAGGAAGUCUUCACUUCUCUCGAUUCGCUUUUCAAUGCCGCUGCCCAGCAGUCUACUUGGAACAAGGAGGAGGUCGCAUGGGCAACCACAGCCUUUGUGCAGCGUGCAGAACUGGCUGCCUUGGAAGCUGCUUGGAACGGUUCUGAGAACGAGCCACAGACUAUCACAGCCGAGACGAUGACCAUCACAGCCCUGCGGGUUACGGAUAACUGCAGUCGGGCAGGGAAGAUGAUCGAACUGAACGCUGAAAACGAGUUGAUGAGCAUUGACUGUAUGACAGUGGUUGGCGCCAGCGAAGCAGGCUCCGGAGUCGUUGCCUUCAUAUCGUAUGCCACUCUCGAGUCCAUCCUGAACAAUAACUUUAUCGACCAGCAAAACCUGACAGGGGAUGACAACCUGGUUAGCAUUACGCUGAAUUCCAAGGUAGUGAGUGGGACCAUUGGGAAACCCGGACCCCUCUCCAAACCUUUCUACUUCACCCUGGAGCAUAAACAGAGAAAGGAAAUGGAAGACAAGAUUAUCUGUGUUUUCUGGAACCUCACUGGCACCUGGUCUACUGAGGGCUGCACUCUUCUCCAUGCGAACAGCACUCACACCACCUGCACCUGUAAUCACCUGUCCAGCUUUGCCAUCCUGAUGGCUUCACAUGCUAUCAAGGAGAGUUACGCACUGACCAUCAUCACCUACGUGGGACUGACCCUCUCCCUGCUGUGCCUCUUCCUCGCCAUCCUCACCUUCCUCCUGUGCCGCUCCAUCCGCAACGUCAGCACCUCCCUCCACCUGCAGCUCUGUCUCUGCCUCUUCCUGGCCGACCUGCUCUUCCUCACCGCAGUGGACAGUGUCACCAAUAAGGUGGCGUGUGCUGUCAUUGCUGGCCUCCUACACUACCUCUUCUUGGCCUGUUUCACCUGGAUGUUCCUAGAAGGGCUGCACCUCUUCCUCACCGUCAGGAACCUGAAGGUCGUGAAUUACACCAGCGCCGGCCGGUUCAAGAAGAGAUUCAUGUACCCGUUCGGCUACGGAUUCCCAGCCCUGGUGGUGGCUAUUUCUGCAGCGGUGAAUCACAAAGGCUACGGAACUUCCGAACACUGCUGGCUCACAAUAGAGGGAGGCUUUGUCUGGAGUUUCCUUGGACCGGUCUGCCUUAUUAUUGUGAUGAAUUUAGCAUUUUUUAUCACAACCCUCUGGCUCCUGAGAGACAAAAUCUCCUCCCUCAAUACAGAUGUCUCCACCCUCAAAAACACAAGGUUACUGACAUUUAAAGCCAUCGCCCAGCUCUUCAUUCUGGGCUGCACAUGGAGCCUUGGUCUCCUCCAAGUCGGCCCAGCAGGCACGGUCCUUGCAUAUUUAUUCACCAUCGUCAACAGCCUGCAGGGAGCCUUCAUCUUCCUGGUGCACUGUCUCCUCAAUCAGCAGGUGAGAGAGGAGUACAAGAGAUGGAUCAGAAGGACUGAAAAAAACAGAACCAAGUCUCAGACUUCCGGGCUAUCUAUGUCAGCUAUCCCCAUGACCACUGGAACUGUAAGUGGUGCUGAUCUCUUCUCCAAUACCGGCCUUGGGGACACAUCCAUCAAACAGGAAUCCAAGUCUGAGGUGGACCCCUAUGUGUUCCGAAGGAGCCGGCAUCGGGGUCGGCGGCACUCCCAGACUGCGACUAUGGUGCAGACUUUCCCCCCGGUGCUGUGGCCAGUGCAAUGGCAGGGCCAGUGGCCAUUUUGGACCCUGUGGGCAUACCAUCAGUCCCAGUGGUCUGUCUCCGGGCUCUCCUUCUCGGUUGCAUCUAAGGGAAGGGCUGUGUCCAGCACUAGGGACCCCUCACGGGCAUUGGCCAUGGCUACCGCUGCUUGCACUACCUCUGGUACCAUAUCCAGCACCACAUCCGGCACCGCCACCACAACCGACACUGGCAUUGCUGCUGACACAGCCAUCACCACUGGCACCACGUCCGGCACUGGAACUGCAGCCAGUGUCACAGAAGGUACCGCAGCUGGCACCAAGUUGGGGGUGGAGUCGCACCAUUUUGAUGAGUCGGAUGGGCGGGAGGUACCCUCGCUGGCUUGGGCCUCGUCAUCUUCACCAGACGAGGCGGUGGCAGGAACCUCCUCGGGUCCCCCCACCUGGAACUCCUGA